AUGAAGGGCAAGUCCACCUUUUUCAGCCUUCUGGCAUUGGUUCAUUUUGUCGUUGGUGCUGCCGUGGGUUCCCACGACGGUACACGCCUGGAGAGACGCGCCGAGGGUACCGCUGUCGUCAACCUUGCCCAGACCUCGGGUACUCCUCAGCACCUAGCUUCAGGCUUCAUCUACGGUCUUCCCGACAACGCAGAUGGCUCUGCCAGCACUGCUAUCCCGCAGGAGCUCGCCGUGGGCACUGGAUAUAUCUAUAACCGUGCCGGCGGAGCUCAACUUCCUUCUCCCAGUCUAGGCUACGCUUCUGGCCAGCUCACGGGCCGCCUGCAAUCUUUCUCUUCGAAUUACAAGACUGCAAGGAGUCACGGUGCCGGCUUUCAGCUGCUCGUCCACGACCUCUGGGGUGCCGACAGCGUCCAGGGCACCAUUCCUUGGCCUGGCGACAAUGGCAAUUGGGCGUUUUUCGACACGUUCCUGACCCAGGUGAUUGCUUACAUCAAGAACAACAAUCUUCAAAGUGGUCUUGAGCUUGAUCUGUGGAACGAGCCCGAUGCCCCUCAAUUCUGGGGUGCUUCGUACGACCAGUAUCUGCAGACGUGGACACGCAUGUAUCAGCGCUUCAAGUCUGAACUUCCCAACGUCCCUAUCUUAGGUCCAUCCAUCUCACAACCACCAACCACAGGCAACACCCGAUGGACUGCUUGGCUUGACCAUGUCAAAUCGACCAACACCGUGCCAGACAAGUACACCUAUCACAUCCUCACCGCUACCGGCUCCGCCUACAUUCCCCGCAAUGCACAGGACGCCCUGAAGAGCAUGACCUCAGCGCGCGGCAUGGCCAUGAAGCCUUGGUGGGUGUAUAACUACUACACCCAUUCCAUGACGGGCAACCGUGUUGCGACUACGUCUUCGGGAGACCGCCUCUUCGAGGUCUACGCCACGCGCGGCAGCAGUGCCAAUUCGGUCAAGAUCCUGACCGGCCUCAAGUCAUCCGCUGGAGACCGGGUCUAUGAUGUGCGUGUCACUGGUCUCAGCACCGUGGGCAUUUCUGGGACCGUGAAGAUCCGGACACUCCGUUUUAACCACGUCGACUGGUGGCUCGAAGGACCCGCGCCUACUGAUCUUGGUACUGUUACGCACACCGUCACAAACAAUGAAGUUACCUUCUUUGUCGAUCCGGACAAUCAGUACACCGCUUAUGCUUUCGAAUUUGUCAGUUAG